AUGUUUUCAACAAAUGAAGAAUAUAAUAAUUCAAAUAACAUCAAUAAUAUCCGGGAAACGGAUUCAAAAAAUAAUAUUCAACACAAUGUUAAUAUCGGGAACCACAACCAUCAUCUUCCCCAGAGUGAAAGUCCGAUUAUGAUCCAAAUUCCGUGCUACUUUGGUGAUAAUACUGUAAACCCAUUAGAGAUCUAUUCUCGAGAUCAAAUUAUACAACAAAAUAAUAAUCAAUCAUUAUAUAGUCAGCCAUCUGAAUUUGGACAAAAUAAUAAUAACAUGUUAUAUCAUUCAGAAACAAAAGAAGAAUCACAUGGACAACAUGUGACACAUGAUAACAAUAAUGAUUGGCAGCAUACGAAUAAUGAAAUAUAUCAACAAAAUAUACUUUCAAACAUGUAUAAUUCUGUUUUGGAAAGCCCUUAUCCGACACCUCAAAAUAUAGUAUCAAUGGAGUCUCUGCCUACUCCAUCAUAUGGUUCCUUAAUCUCUUUUGAUCCUGCACAAAAUUUUAAUUACAGCUUUAAUCAACAGCAGCGUCGUCAGAAUUAUGUUGCAGAUCCAUACGAAAGUGAUUAUCACCAACGUACCCAUUUAUCGCAUCCCGGACGAAUACCUUCUAGUCCACAAAAACCUCCUGUAUAUACUAAAUGGACUGAAGAAGAAGAUGAAUUAUUACGCGCUGCUAUAAGUAUCUAUGGUCCGCAUAAAUGGUCUCUCAUCGCAGCACACGUCCCAAAUCGGACGCCAAUGCAGUGUUCUACUAGAUGGUUAGGUGCCUUAAAUCCCACCAUUCAUAAAGGCCGCUGGACUCCGGAGGAAGAUGCUGCAUUAAAGGAUGCUGUUAGCGAAUUUGUAGAUCUUAUUGAUUCAGAUGGGCAUCCACAACCAAUUCCUUGGAAUAAAAUCGCUUCUAGGAUUCCUCAUCGAACAGGUAUCCAAUGUCAAGCACGUUGGUCAGAAGCACUCGAUCCAAGUGUUAGAAAAGGUAAAUGGUCGCCCGAUGAAGAUGAAAUCUUAAAAGAAGGUGUACGCCGUUAUGGAAGAUGUUGGAUUCGAAUUGCUGAGCUAAUUGAAGGAAGGACUCAGCGUCAAUGUAGAACUCGCUGGGUUCAAAUUAAAAAUAAACAAGCAAAGUUGGAGAAAGAUGCCAUGAUGGCUAAAACUGCGAAUAAUUCUUCAACCGAUGAUGAUAACGAUGACGGUCUAGUAAUAUUAACCCCGCCAAAUACAACACCGUCCACUCCCGCUCAAACCGUAAUGCGUCCAACACCCAAUAUUCCUUUGAAUCAUAUACCUCCACAGGCACCUCGGAGGCAAUUAUCGGGUAUCCCCUCAAUAAUGAGUCACAGCCCGAUAUUAUCUCCUUCGCCGACGGAUGCAUUGACAAGCCCUGAAUCUUGCGUGACGACUCCAGAAAGUACGUCGUCGUCACCUGUUUUUAAUAAUCUACUGAAAACACAUAAUGACAAUAAUAUGAUCUCUUACCCCCACGACCACCAUUAUCCCCUUUAUUAA